CCGUGGUCUUCGUCACACUUGAUUUCCUCUCCCUUCCCCACGUGGUCCCAAUCCAUAGCGAGUUCAAAAAAUACUGCACGGCCGCGAGUAUCCGUACGACUCCAACUCGUGGAUAUAUAUUUUCCCCAACCAACGCCGUCACGGAGUCUGAAGGUGAGGCACACUUCGUUCAUUUCGCCUCACAGCCUGCGACUGCAGGGGUAUGCUGACACUCGCGCUGUGGUGAGCGCCGGAAGACCUGUCGACAGCCGGGGAACGUAGAUCUCGAUCAGCGAUCAAGGGUUCCGGCGAGUACCUGCGGAUUCUUUUUCCUCUUCUUCUUCGUCUUCUUGUUCUCGGUAAUCUUCUUCAUGGCUUCGGAAGAUGUGGUGGGCAAGAGGAGCGAAUCUGCGGUCUCGACGAUUGUUAACCUCGCGGAGGAGGCGAAGCUUGCGAGAGAAGGUGUGAAGGCUCCGAGCCACGCGAUCCUCAGUAUCUGCAAGUCCCUGGUCGCCGGCGGAGUCGCAGGGGGAGUGUCACGCACUGCCGUUGCUCCAUUGGAACGGUUAAAGAUAUUGCUACAGGUUCAAAAUCCUCAUAACAUAAGAUACAAUGGGACAGUCCAGGGCUUGAAAUAUAUAUGGAGAACUGAGGGUUUCCGUGGACUAUUUAAAGGCAAUGGUACUAAUUGUGCCCGCAUUGUUCCAAACUCUGCAGUUAAAUUUUUCAGCUAUGAGGAAGCCUCCAAGGGUAUACUGUGGUUUUAUCGACAGCAAACUGGCAAUGAAGAUGCUCAACUUACUCCUCUUCUACGCCUUGGAGCUGGAGCAUGUGCUGGAAUCAUUGCUAUGUCUGCUACUUAUCCAAUGGACAUGGUACGAGGCAGGCUAACUGUACAGACCGAGAAAUCUCCUUAUCAAUACAGAGGAAUGUUUCAUGCUUUAUCAACUGUAUUGCGGGAAGAAGGUCCACGGGCAUUGUACAAAGGCUGGCUUCCUUCUGUAAUUGGAGUUAUUCCAUAUGUGGGUCUCAAUUUUGCUGUCUAUGAAUCUUUGAAGGAUUGGUUGAUCAAAUCUAAACCAUUUGGCCUAGUUGAAGAUUCCGAGUUGAGUGUUACGACGAGGCUUGCAUGUGGAGCUGCUGCAGGAACUGUUGGCCAGACUGUUGCUUAUCCUCUGGAUGUCAUACGUCGAAGGAUGCAGAUGGUGGGAUGGAAAGAUGCUGCAUCCAUUGUCACUGGUGAUGGAAAGAGCAAAGCGCCACUUGAAUAUACUGGAAUGAUUGAUGCAUUUAGGAAAACUGUUCGGCAUGAGGGCUUUGGUGCAUUGUACAGGGGGUUGGUCCCCAAUUCAGUAAAGGUGGUGCCAUCCAUUGCAAUUGCAUUUGUGACGUAUGAGGUCGUGAAAGACAUGUUAGGCGUCGAAAUCAGAAUAUCAGAUUGAAGUGUGGAGAACUCCAAAAUAUUGUUGAGGUGUGCUAUUUUUGUAGGCAAUGGGAAAGAAUAUAAAUUAGGGUUAUAACAUUUGCUAUUUUUGUCGACCGAGAAUGAGUAAAUUUAGGAACCGGUCGGUGCCCUGUUAUUAUAUAUUGCUUUCCCUUGGUUUCCUAUGUUUUCCCUUCCGAGACCUUGCAGAUUCUCAUUCAUGUGCUCUCUGUUGUUAAUAAGUAUUUGCAACAAUGCAACCAAUGCAUUUGCAUACCUAAAUUAGUCAGCUUGAGGAGGCGUUUCCCGUGUGCUA